UCUUACCGGACUGAGCAAAAAAAUAAACACGCGAGAACGGGCGAGCCGAGCCGCAUUCCUCGACUGGGUCGACGGCACGGCAUGCAGGCCCCGCUCUCCGCCUUCCUCCCUCAGUCGUUCGCGCGCGUCGUUUGUGAUAACUCGUCUGUUCGUUAUCCGCUGUCUGCCGCGUAUUAUGUUUACAAUAGUGUUGUUAUUGUUUUGGUUAAUAUAAUAAUUUAUGUCAAAUUCAAGUGUUUAGUGCUGUGUGACAAAGUGAAAUACUUUACUAAGGAUUUGUGAAGCAUAAAUAAACUGUGGAUCGCAAGGAACAGACAAACACGGCAGGCACCGAGCUCAGCUCGGGUCAUGUGGUCAGCGGGCCAGAGGCGCGGCACGGCGUGAUGCGGCGCGCGCGCGUUAGGCUCGCUUGGCCGGUGGUGGCGUGCGCGCUGUUGAUGGCAUGCGCGCACGCCGUUGCCGCUGGCGAACAACUUGCACCGGGAAUAUGCCCAUCAAUGGACAUAAGAAACAACGCGGAUCAAUUCAAAAGAUUGAAGGGUUGCCGGGUGAUUGAAGGGUCGCUCAGCAUCGUGCUGAUGGAGCGCGCCACACCUUCCGUCUUCGAAAAUGUAUCCUUCCCGGAACUACGAGAAAUCACCGAUUACUUCAUGAUAUACAGGACGAAAGGUGUGCAGAAUCUGGGCGACCUUUUUCCCAACCUGUCGGUGAUACACGGAAACACGCUCUAUAAGGAUUACGCUCUCAUAAUUUUUGAUAACGAGCACCUGGAAUCAUUGGGAUUAAGGUCGUUAACGAAAAUUGUUCGAGGGGGUGUGAGGAUACAGGCGAACGACAGACUUUGUUAUACGAACACUAUUGACUGGUCUAAAAUUACUUCGGAAUAUGCUGAAAAUAUUAUCAGGAAAAACUAUGACACACGGCUGUGUGGGCUGUGUCCGAAUGCGCAGAGUCGUCUCAAAGACCAUCGACAGUCGCAUUGUCCGCCUGAUGCAUACGGCCGGUUGCUGUGUUGGGAUGACAAGCAUUGUCAGAAAAUAUGCCCUACGUGGUGCGGCGAGCAUGGCUGCGUGGACAACACUACUGAUACGUGCUGUCACUCGGCUUGCCUGGGUGGCUGCAGCGGUCCCACUGCGCAGGACUGCCACGUGUGCCGCGGAUACUCCCUGGGCUAUGGCGCCGAACGAAAGUGCAUGGAUUCUUGCCCUAUCGGCACCUAUGUGUUGUCACGGCGCUGCGUGACCGAGCAGGCUUGUCGCGCUAUGCCCGCACCGCCCAAACUUGCGUCAGACACAAGCAAUGAAGAAACCUCAUCCAAGAUACGCAAGUACAAAAUCUUCAACGGCACUUGCAUAUACGCCUGCGGCAGCGGCUAUAUGGAGGAUGGCGAUGCGCACAAUUUAACUUGUAAGCCGUGUCCCAAGUCGUUGUGCGUGAAGGAGUGCCGAGGCGGUAAGAUCGACUCAGUGGCAGCAGCCGCGCAGUUCCGCGGGUGUACACAUAUUAAAGGCCAGCUGGAAAUCACCGUACGUUCUUCUGGUGGUAAGACUUUGUCCGCCCUGGCAGAGUCGUUAGGUGACAUACGAGAAAUUACUGGGUCCUUACAAGUUAUCCGCUCCUAUCCCCUCGUGUCGCUUAUGUUUCUGAAGAAUCUAAAAAAAAUAACUGGAUCUUGGGAUGCUUCGGCCAAAAAGAAUCAAGUAUUGCAUAUAUUUAACAACCCAAACUUGGAGUUACUGUGGGACUGGUCUACUCACGGCCCUAUAGACAUAUCCGGGGGUUCACUGUUCAUUCAUCUGAACCCGAAGCUGUGCUACAACGAACAGAUACUGCCGCUCCAGAACAUGACGCACGACCCGAGGUCUAACUUCACUGAAAUUGAAGUAUCGGCGGAUAAUAAUGGAAAUCAGGCCUCAUGUUUACCGGAGAAGUUGAACCUGAGAGUGAGUCAGCUGUGCCCGACUGCCGUUGUCCUGACUUGGAAUAUGUAUUGCCCUGAGGAUAUCCGCAAACUGCUUGGCUACUCCGUCUACUACAUGGCCACCGAACAAAAUGUCACCUUCUACGAACAGAGAGACAUGUGCUCCGAUAUAUGGACUGUUCUAGAUUUGACGGUAGAUGAAGCCAGAAACUUUACCCGCGAACCUACUUCUAAGAAUCAAAACGACAUAUUGAUAAACCCGUGUCACAAUAUGCAGCCAUCCUUCCAUCUGCUGUCACACCUUACGCCGUACACCCGAUACGCUGCAUACGUAAAGACUUAUACGACGUUGCAGGAAAAGAAAGGCGCACAGAGUCCCAUUAUUUACUUUCAGACCUUGCCGGGAAGUCCAAGUCCCCCACUAAGUUUGACGGCAGACGCGACCGCAGACUCUGUAUUAAUACGAUGGAACCCACCAGCACGGCCCAAUGGAACCAUAAUUUUGUACCAACUGGAAGUGCAGGCUAAUAGCUACAAUCGACCAAUGAUACUGGCUGGGAACACUAACUACUGUGCCAAUCCCAGUGCCCUAGCGAAUAUGAUCACUGCCCGUCCAGAGGAACCUCCGGAAGGGCAAGAGAAAGAGCCAACGGGUGACGUCACAAACGGGUCGUGCGCUUGCAAGGAGGAGGAAAAAUCUGGCCUCAGGUUCAAUGAGAAUGCCGAAAAGGAGCGUAUGGACAGCAUCGACUUUGAGAAUGCACUGCAGAAUCUCGUGUACAAAAAGACCACAGAUCGUUCAAAGUUCAAAACUCCGGCGAAGAGAAUAAAGCGCUCCAUCGACCACACUCUGAAUAGUAUGCUUGUAAAACUAACCGAGAACGUCAAACUUAAGCCUGGGUUGAACUACACGAAUGCCACGGAUGAGGAAGUCACCUGCAGUCGCUUCGAGCGUAACGCUUGCUUCGUAAAGGAUUCUGCAGGAUAUGUGAAGUCCUUGUACUACAAGCUUGGCGGUGAAGCAAGGACUUUAACGGCGACUAAGAUGCGUCACUUUACUUGGUACACGGUCAGCAUCUGGGCUUGUCGCGCUAAACACAUUAACGAGACAGAUAAGGAUUAUAACGACUCAAUGUGCUCAGAUCGGGCAUUCUACACUUUCCGCACUAUGGAACGAGUGAACGCCGACGUAGUAAGCGACUUACAAGCAGAAGUGAUAGUCUCAAAUAAAACAUUGGCUGAAGUUAAUGUAACAUGGAAACCGCCUGUGAAUCCCAACGGAUUUGUUGUAGCCUACACCGUACACUACUCACGCGUCGAGGAUAAUUUGUCGGGCCAGGAUGUAGGCCUUCAGAGCUGUAUAUCGGCGGAUGAUUACGAAAACAACGGGCAUGGGUACACGCUGCGCAACCUGUCGCCCGGGAACUACAGCGUCGAGGUCACGCCUAUCACCGUCGCAGGCGCAGGAAACGUGUCGGCCAUAUACCCGCCGAUAUUUAUACCGGAGCGCAGCGCGGCGCCGGCGGCGGGCUGGGUGUGGGGCGUGGGCGGCGUGUGCGCGGCCGCGCUGCUGCUGCUGGCCGCCGCCGCCUGGUACGCGCGCCGCGGCCUGCUGCCCGGCGCCGAGGCCAACAAGCUGUUCGCCAGCGUCAACCCCGAGUACGUGUCCACCGUGUACGUGCCCGACGAGUGGGAGGUGCCGCGCACCAACAUCGAGUUCAUCCGCGAGCUCGGACAGGGCUCCUUCGGAAUGGUUUACGAAGGUAUCGCAAAAGGCAUAGAAAAAGGAAAGUCCGAAACACGGUGUGCCGUUAAAACAGUAAACGAGCAUGCUACGGACAGGGAGCGGCAGGAGUUCCUGAACGAGGCGUCGGUGAUGAAGGCGUUUGACACGUUCCACGUGGUGCGGCUGCUGGGUGUGGUGUCGCGCGGCCAGCCCACGCUGGUCAUCAUGGAGCUCAUGGAGUGCGGCGACCUCAAGACCUACUUGCGCUCGCACCGCCCCGACGCCGAGCUGGACGUACCGCGCAAGGGGCCCGACCAUCCGCCCACGCUGCAGAGCAUCCUGCAGAUGGCUAUAGAAAUAGCAGAUGGUAUGGCAUACCUAUCGGCCAAAAAAUUUGUGCAUCGCGAUCUCGCGGCGCGUAACUGUAUGGUCGCCGGCGACCUCACCGUAAAGGUCGGGGAUUUCGGUAUGACCAGAGACAUCUACGAGACUGAUUAUUAUAGGAAAGGCACCAAAGGCCUCUUGCCGGUGCGAUGGAUGAGCCCCGAAAGCUUGAAAGACGGGGUAUUCUCCAGUAGUAGCGACGUGUGGAGUUAUGGCGUCGUUUUGUGGGAGAUGGCGACGCUCGCGAUGCAGCCUUACCAGGGGCUGUCCAACGAGCAGGUGGUGCGCUACGUGGUGGAGGGCGGCGUGAUGGAGCGGCCCGAGCACUGCCCCGACCGCCUGUACGAGCUCAUGCGCGCCUGCUGGCUGCACCGCGCGCCGCUGCGGCCCAGCUUCCUGCAGCUGGUGGCGGACCUGGCGCCCUCCGCGCAGCCGCACUUCCGCCACCGCAGCUUCUUCCACUCGCCGCAGGGCCAGGAGAUGUACGCGCUGCAGCGCACCACCAUGGAGGAGGAGCAGGAGCUGCCGGAGGUGAACGUGGGCGCGGUGGCGACGGGGUCGGGCUCGAACCUGUUCGGCGUGUCGGGGCGCCUGGCGUCGUGGGUGCGCGAGCUGUCGUCGCUGCGCUCGCGCGCGUCCGACGACGCGGCCGCCGAGCCGCUGCAGCCGCUGGCGGCCGACAAGGCGGCCAACGGCCUGCCGCCCGCCGCCGGCUGCUAGCGCCGCCGCAUCUACCUCUUCGAAUGUAGCCUAGCCUAGUGUAAAUAUCGUGAUUACCGGGGGUCGUCUCUGACUAUAGUGGAAAUUUAUUAGGGGGAGCCCCUCGAUCCCCCCGCAUUUAUUACGUUAGCGUGCCGAGAGCGGCCGGAGCGUCCGGUCUGUUUUCCGAGCUCGACCCUUAACGGCGAUGCGUUUCUUUUCGUCUAACGAUUCGUUUUCAUAUCAGGAAAGUAAUAUUUUUGCUGAGACGAUAUUGAUUGAGUCGAUUUGUCUCGACGUGAAUCCUAUAUAGUUUACCUCGACGUUAUUAUAUAGUUAUAGAUCGGUGUCACUUUUGACAUAGCCUAUUAAUGUUAAGUUUACAGUUUAAGAUGUAAAGCGUGUAUAGUUUUAUGUAGGCGAGAUCGUGUACAAAUUAUUUUUAUUGAUUUCUUGACGUAUAGUUUUCGGCAACUUGCUACUGUUUCAAAUGUGUUAAUGAAUGAUCAAACGGGUGGCAAAUUGGUUGAAGUCGUUAUGUUGUUGUACAGAGUACGUUAUCUAGUACUCGCUAGAACAAUUUGCCACUCGUCCUAAACGAUGAAAAAUGCGACUGCUUAUAAUACUCAACUGUGGAUUAUGCCGCUUUUUUACCAAGUUAUUGAUUAUAUGAUCUACUUGUAUAAAAUACAAUUGCAAACAUAAUUUAAAUUAAAUUAUCCACCAAAGAUUUGGAAAGUAAACGUCAAAAUUUACAUAACGAUUUUUUUUAUAAUAUUUAUUAGCUGUGGUAGUCUUUCCAUUCUUGCGGACUUAGCGUAAUUAUACAGGGUCAUUUCAAAUUAGUUGUUUCUGAUUUUUGUAGGUAGCUAAAACAACUCAAUAAGUUAGUUCAUUACGUAACGUCAACAGCUAAGGCCGACUUAUUUACGUUAGGUACUUAUUAUGUACAUGGACU